AUGAGCAAGGCAGCAGACAUCCCCAAGGAGCAGUGGGCGCAGGUUACUGAGAAGGAUGGCGUAAUCACCUACAAAAAAAUCCCUGUUCCCACCCCCGGCCACGACGAAGUCCUCGUUAACAUCAAAUACUCGGGCGUCUGCCACACCGACCUGCACGCGCUCGACAACGACUGGCCCCUGCCGCGCAAGACCCCUGUGAUCGGUGGUCACGAAGGCGCCGGCGUAGUAGUCCAAAAGGGCGAGCUGGUGACCAACGUCGACAUCGGCGACAAGGUCGGCGUCAAGUGGCUCAUGUCUACCUGCUUCCACUGCACCUUCUGCCAGCAAGCCCUAGAAUCGCUGUGCCCGAAGGCGCAGCUCUCAGGUUACACCAAGGACGGCACCUUCCAGCAGUACUGCGUUGCGAACGCCGCACACUUGGCCCGGUUCCCGCCGCAGACCGAUUUAUCCGCCGUCGCGCCCAUCAUGUGCGCCGGUUUGACAGUGUACAAGGGCCUGAAAGAAGCCGACACACGGCCGGGCCAGUACGUGGCGAUUGUGGGUGCCGGAGGUGGGCUGGGCACAAUCGGCAUACAGUACGCCCACGCGAUGGGGCUGAACGUGAUCGCCAUUGAUGGCGGCAAGGAAAAGGGCGAGGCGUGCAAGAAGUUGGGCGCGUCGAUGUAUAUCGAUUUCACGGAGUCCAAGGACCUGGUUGCUGAUGUGAAGAAGGCCACGCACGAUGGACUGGGACCACAGGGCGUGGUCUUGCUGGCGCCGCAGGAACAGCCGUUCCAGCAGGCCACAGGCUAUGUGCGGUCGCACGGCACCGUGGUCUGCAUCGGUAUGCCGGCGGGAGCCAAGGUGAGCAUGCCAGUGUUUGAUACAGUAGUCAGGAUGAUCAAGGUCAAAGGGUCGUAUGUGGGCAACAGGGAGGAUACGGCCGAGGCGUUGGAUUUCUUUUUGAGGGGCAAGGUCCAUGCGCCGUACAAGGUUAUUGGGCUCAGUCAGCUUCAGAGCGUUUUCGACGAGAUGAGGGCGAAUAGGGUUAUUGGAAGAUAUGUGAUGGAUAUGAGCAAGUGA